CUGUCAUCUAAAUGUCAUAACAAAUAAAUGUCACAAUCACAAUUCAAAUCUAACCAAUAAACAUUAAACAAAAUAGUUUUAAAUUAAAAUUAGAAAGUAAUACUUUACGAUUAUAUAGAUUUCCGCACAGCAAAAAUAUGUUAAUAAGUCAGGUAAUCGCUUAGCUAAAGAUAGAGAAUGGCAACUCUGAAGAAAUUCAAAAAGAUUCCCAUCUAUGUGGUAGAAGAGCACAACGAUGCGUUACAGUUUAUAUAUUCAGCUAUAGGAGGCAAAAAGUUGCCAUUGGAGGGAACGACUUUGCUACACUUAGAUGCGCAUCCUGAUAUGCUCAUUGAUCGUAAAUUGAAAGGAGAGGAAGCACGUUCUGGGAGACAUGUUUUGCCAUUAUUACAAAUAGAAAAUUGGAUUGUGCCGGCAGCGGCAGCUGGACACAUCGGCCGAGUAGUGUGGCUGCGUCCGCCGUGGGCGAGUCAAUUCCGAGAUGACACGCGACCUAUACACGUCGGUGAUCAUCCGUCGUCAGGCGAGUUGCGAGUCGACUGCAAGGAACCGUAUUACCUAUCUGAUGCAUUGUACUCGCCGCAAUUAGUUAAUAAAAGAAAAUUUAUAUUCACAUCAGCAGAACUUUCUACUUCUACAUUUACUUCCGAUGAAAUUAACGUCAAUAAAUUUGUAACCAAUAUUAAUAUUACACAUCCUUAUGUACUCGAUAUUGACUUGGAUUUCUUCAGCACUGGAAACCCUUUUCUCGGUUUACACAAAAAUAUCAAUGUUUACGAUCGACUGCAACCGAUAUUUGAAUUCGAACUUCCUGACGACGUCGAAGCGGAUACAAUUGAUAAAGUUGUCGCAGCGCGGGAGCGACAACUAGGAGAACUUGAGAAGUUGUUCCAGCACUUGGAGCAGUAUGAUAGCUUGGAUAACUACGCGGGCGAAAAGUCAAAAUUGUACGACAUGGUGAACGAGCUAGCCUCAGCAAUAUUAGCAGAAGCGGACAGAUUAAAUGAAAAGCCGGACUGGUGGGCAGUGUUUGCAGGUGGCUGUACUCGUGACCAAGGAGGUUUGCCGUAUCAUAUAAGCACACAACAAGAAAUUGAGGACUUAGUGAAGAAAGCUUUAGUACCACUGCUAAGGAACAUACCCCCGCCAGUGAUGAUCACAAUUGCCAGAUCUUCUGAUGACGGUUAUUGUCCUCCUCAUCAGGUUGAUUACAUACAGUCUUUAGUGUUAGAUGUUUUAAAAGAAAUAUACGAUACAGAUGACCCGGCCUUGUAUUAUCUUAGUGUAAAUACUUUAGAAUAAAAUGUGUGAUGAAAAUAAACAAAAUAUUUUUCAAAU